AUGAUCGCCGGCAAGCGGAGUAUUCCGAUCCACCAACGCCGGCGACUUAGCCUUGGUGGAGUCUCAAACUCCAAGGACUCUGCAGAAGACUUCUUCUCCGAUGAGUCUGAUGUAUCAGAGAAAUUGGGGAGACUCUCAAUUGAAUCAGCAAAACAGGGGAGAAGUGGACUGGAUGAUCUAUUGUUAUCAACUGAUGGCGGAAAGCAUGACUACGAUUGUUCCCCUCCGAUGGUUGGGACAAUUGCAUCAUAUCAAUAUCAAACUUGUUCCUUUUAUGUUAAUCGGAGACCUUCAGCCUCAGGAGGACGUACUCUUGCAAGGCAGAAUCUUGCUUCAGUUUCCCGCCCGAGCUCCCCUGGUCCACGAGUUCGGCCUCAACCACAGCCUAUUGUACCCCCAGAUUUUCCACUUGAAACACCCCCAAACCUGCGAACAACUUUACCAGACAGGCCCCCAUCUGCCGGUAGGUCAAGGCCUGGUGCAGCUCUUACUUUGAAAGGGAAUACCGAGACAACAAGUUCUACCACUUUUCCAAGGAGACAGCCAUCACCCAUGGUUGUCCGGGGAAGAAUCACGGAAUCCAUUGGAAGGGGUCGGAUGCAUGCAAAUGGGCAGCUCAGUGAUCAUACAAUUGACUCUCGCAGAGAGUUAUCAGCUCGAAAACCUGUGAAUAUAUCAACAGAAAGCACUGGAUUUGGCCGGAAUAUUUCAAAAAAAUCUCUAGAUGUGGCUAUCAGAAAUAUGGAUAUAAAAAAUGGUGCCAACAGUGCUCGUCCCCUCACAGGCUCAAACCUUUACCCUCAAAGUAUUCGAUCUACUAACCGGAAAAGCCAAUCCAGUCACUCGACAAGUGCAGCAGUAUCUGUCAAUGGAACCCUGCCUUUCGGCAAGCAUGGCGCCACUGCAGAAAACAGGAAUUCCAUUAACAGGUCUACCGUAAGUGGAAAUGAAGAUGACAAAUCUUCAGCUAAACUAUCAAAUGCCGAUAUUUACGAAAGCUCCCGUUAUGACAUUCUCCUCAAAGAGGAUUUGAAGAACACCAAUUGGCUUCACAGUGUGGAAGACAAGUCUGACCAAGAACCAAUUUUUGAUAAUGGACUAGAACCACUACCAGAACCUUUUAGCCCUUUAUAA